GCGAGGCGAUCCGGACCGAUCUCCAAUUUCGCUGCCGACGCCGAGCUGUUUCGGCGGCUGCGAGAGAACGGGGGAUGAAGGGCGGAGGCGGCGGCGCGGCGGCGGUGCCGGGUGACUACAUCUACUUUAAGUCCGUCGUCCCGCUACACAAGAUCUCCAUUGGGUCGAAAUUGUGGAGGUACUAUGACUUUGGCCCCAAGGUUGUGCCGCCUCUUGUCUGCAUCCCAGGAAUUGCAGGGACGGCUGAUGUAUAUUAUAAACAGAUAAUGUCCCUUUGUAUGAAGGGUUAUCGAGUGAUAUCUAUUGAUGUUCCUCAAAUUUGGAAUCACCAUGAAUGGAUUCAUUCAUUUGAAAAGUUUCUGGACUCCAUGAACAUCCAUCAUGUUCAUAUUUACGGUACAUCUCUUGGUGGAUUUCUGGCACAAAUAUUUGCUCAACACCGUCCAAGGAGAGUAAAGUCAUUGGUCCUAUCAAAUACUUUCCUUGAGACACACAAGUUUGCUGCUGCCAUGCCAUGGUCUCCAGUUGUUAAUUGGACCCCUUCUUUCUUGCUGAAGCGAUAUCUCUUGACAGGAAUCCGAGAUGGUCCCCAUGAACCAUUCAUUGCAGACUCAGUAGAUUUUAUUGUGGGUCAGGUCGAGACAUUGUCAAGAGAUGACCUUUCAUCAAGGUUGAUGUUAAAUGUUAAUGUUGCAUCAGUUGGAUCAUUAAUGCUACGUGAUUCACUCAUCACUAUAAUGGAUACAAACGACUACUCUGCUGUUCCUCAGCUGUUGAAGGACCAAUUAAAUGAAAGAUACCCAGGUGCAAGGCGUGCUGUACUGAAGACUGGUGGUGAUUUUCCCUUCCUCUCACGUCCAGAUGAGGUUAAUUUGUACCUUCAGCUACAUUUGAGGCGGGUUGGUGUAGAACCAAGGCCAGAUCUGGUCCAAGGUUUCACACGAAAUGGCAGUGCUGGGAGCUCAAAGGAUCAGAAAGAUGGAGGGGACAGCUUUGAUGAUAGUCCUGGAGAUGAUGGCCACCAGGGUUCAGGUGGCCGUAACCGUGACACAGGGAAUUGUGGAUCAGAAUCACAUGAUUCUAAUGAGCCGAUACCAACAAGCACAAUGCUUGCUAAUACUGUACUAGUUUUAAGUUCCAUGAGAAAAUUGUGCGUAACACAGGGCUCGUGCUGUCAUCUAUCCCAGCGGAAUUGUGAUCGAACAACUGUCCCGCAUGGAAAUGACAUGUUCUGAAAGAAAAGGUGUACGAGAGUAGAUUGCGUACAAUGACCACCAGCCAUCACUGGAUAAACGAAGAAUACAAAAGACGUGGUAAUUUUUGUUUUCCCGUCAUGACUUUGUCACGAGUUUGUGACCAUAUGGUAACAGGAGAGAGAAACAAAUUGGAUGAAUUCUUUGCAGUUUGAGGAGACGAAAGGGGCACAACUGAUGUUAUGGAUGAAAACAUGUAUUUCAAUCUUGCAACAGAAAGGGCACAUGGGUUAUUUGAUAGGUCUAACUCAGACUAGGGAGUGGAAAAGCAAACUGCUGCUGAGUCAGCGUGUGAGGUGGCAAGCUAAGUCAUCCAAAGGUUGUAUUUGGCC